AAGAGUUCUGUGGUUUAUCAUAAUAAAUUUGAGAUUUGUGUGUGAUUCUCGAAUCAAAAAUGAAUCUGCAGAUGCUGUCGCUUAUACCUGUUAUCUAUGCAGUGUGUUUGCCUCGGUUUAAUCUUUGGUUGGCAUUAUUGUUUGUGUUUAAAAUUUUGAAAGAACGCUUUGUAUUAACGACAAAUGCGAAGUGUCAAGUAAAAAUUAUUUGGGAAAAUUCUAAUCCUAAUCAAAUGUGCUAUACAUUAAAAUAUAUUUAAUUAGUUAUUUAUACAAAAUGAAGCAAGGUAUUCUACGUAUAGUCGGCAAUGCGCAACUUAGUCCCUCGAAUUGUCAACGCAAUAUCAAACUCUUAAAAGAACUAUAUUUCAGUUGCAAUUACGAAGAAUUUUUGGAAAUAAAUUUGAAAAUUAUUUUGGGUGCUUUGCAGCAAAAACCAGAAGAUCCUUACGCUCGCAACAUUAUACAAUUUUAUACAGAAUUCAUUGGAACUUUAACAGUGUCUGAGAAUCCAGACGCAAAUGUUGACAAUGAACCUCACUCAUUAUUGGAAGAUGUACUAGAGGAGGUUCUUAAGUUUCAUGAUGUACUUUCCGAAAUUUGUCAACAAAAUGCAUGUGCAUUUGUCUCAAAAACUUUACAAAGUUUGGAUAACUUGUGCUUGAAUACUGACCUUUGGGAUUCAAUUGAGGAUGCUAUGCUAAAAAAAGUCAGGGAUAUAAAACCAAGUGUAAGGAUUCAAGCAAUAUUAGCACUUAAUUAUUUACAAGUUCCUACCAAUCCUGAAUGCCCAAUAAUACACAAUUUGCUUUUAUGUUUACAAGAUCCAGUUGGUGCCGUAAGGCGUGAAGUAGUUAAAAUACUAGCCCCUAGUCCUGUCACUAUUCAAGACUUAAAAAAUUGUGUGUUGGAUUCUGAUCCCACCGUGAGAGUGGAAGCAUUUAAGCGUUUCAUGACUUUAGAACCAAAGCAUUUUAAGAUUGUUGAUAGGCAACUAAUUCUGAGAAAGGGAUUUAGUGAAACCUCUAAACUGGUGAGAAAAGUAGUAAUUGAUGGUUUAAUACCAAAAUGGAUUAGUGAUUUAAAAGGUGACUAUGUGGCAUUUCUGAAAGCCAUUAAAUUAGAUGCAGAUGAGGUUGACAUUCUAGUAUCAGAAGAUUUGUCUACGAAGUUUGUGGAAGUGUUAUUUAGGAGUGAACCAGUUAACAAUAUUAUGAAAUCACUUUGUUUAGAUGAGGGUAAAGUUUUACCUUUGGAUAUGGUCAGCGGAGAAAUGACUCUUUAUUGGAAUCUUGUUGCACAUUACUUAAAGAGUCAUGAUGAAAUGGAGCAAUUUCUAGAUAUGGCCCUUCCAGAGCUCACUGCUUUUUGCAAUUUCAUUGAGAAUGUUGUGAGAAAGCGCAGAAUUAAUGAACUGGAUCAAUGUGAAUAUCAUGAGUUGCAGUAUAUCUUGUACAAUUUGUUUGAUAUUGUUGAUAUUUUUGACAUGUCAGAAGAGGUGGGUAGAAAAACACUUGAAAAGAUGCUUAGAAAUAUUUUAGAGAAUUUUAAAGUGGAAGGACGUUUAUUAACAAAAAUUGUUUCUAUCGCAAGGAAACUCUGGACAAAUUUAAAUACAUUUGUAAAUGAAAUGUCUGAAAUUAUUUCUAAUAUAAGGGAGCCACUUACAGAGUCAGAACCAUCACAGAAUGCUCUGCAUGAAGCAGAAUUUAAGGUCGCCGAAGUAAAGGUACAAAUUAAUAUUCUGCAAGGAAACUUGGAAAAUGCAUUAGAUGCAAAGGACUUUUUAAAAGCCGCUACAAUUCAGAAGGAAUUGGAUCUAUACCAUAUUAAAUUGGAAGAGCUGUCAUUGCAGAAUGUGGAAGCCGAAAAAGUUAGGAUUAUUAAAAAUGAUCCUGAAACCAUAUACCGUUGUUUAAAUUUAUUGGUUGAGAUUUUAAAACAUUACAACCAGAGAGAGCCUUCCCUGUCUUUAACAAUGUGGAAAGAAAACCUGUUGCUGCCCCUUGUAAUGAAAGUUGUCAGUCCCAACAUUGAGCACAGUAUGCUUAAGUGUCUCGCCAUGUACUGUUUGCUUGAUCGCACUAUGGCGGAACAAUAUGUUAUGAAGUUUUGUGCUGCGAUUUUUUUCCAUCAGAACAAAUCAACCUUAUUGGUAGCGAUCGGAGCAAUGAGUGAUUUUUUGCGGCUGUAUGGGGUAAGUAUGUUUGGAAGAGAAGAAACGACUACUGCAAAAGACUCUAGCACUUUGCAUCAAAGACGAUUGUAUAGAGACGAAGACGUGGAAUUAACAAACUGUAAUAUGACCUUGAGUCCUGAGGUCAUUGUCGAUAUGAUUUUGGAUCUAAUGGAUGAUGAGGAUGAAGACAUCAAGAUCACUGCAGCGGAAGCAAUAGGAAAGGUGCUAAUAAGUGAUUUCCCUACAACGCCACAUAUAAUUACUAGGCUGGUUUUAAAAUUAUUCAACCCACUAACAGGUGCAAACCGGGACCUAUUAUAUCCUCCCAGAAAAUUCCUGAAGGAAAAAUUGUCCAUAAGAUUGGAACAGAGAUUAGCCAUAAUGCUUGAGGAAUAUGUAAAUAGAAUCAAGAUUGCCAAAGAAACAUUUGUCAAAGCGGUAAUACCAAUUUUAAGGGCCAUCACCAAUUCCCCUAUGUCCAGCCCGCUGAGAAAAGUAAAGAUGGAUUCUCUAAUUAAAUUUUUGGUGAUGUUCACUAAUCCCCAUGAAGGCCGAACAGAUAUGGUUAACGUUCACCAGACUCUCGCAUUUUCAAUACUUAAAGAACUUACCGAUCAUCCAGGUGAAAAAGUGUCAGUGUAUUUGGCAAAAGUGUUGAAUCUCUUGCAGAUAGACAUUGUCGUCACUCAAGAUAUAAUUACCCAAUGUCGCUUGGUUUUGAAUGAGGAGGAGCUUGAUAAGUCAUGCAAGAUUUACCUAACCAAAUUUUUGACGAAAAUUUCUGCUGCCAUGAAAGAAAUCAGAGUCAGUAAUACUCCUGAGAAAGAAAUUGAUAUCAAUAAAACUGUUGACAAUGAAAGGACUGGAAACUUCGUUGAAAAUGUGUCACAAACCACUCAAUUUGAAGAAGUUACUCCACAAAAUAAAACAAAUUCGCGAGUGUCUGAUAUUAUAGAUUCCAUAGUUAGUUCUGAUAGCGAUGUAAUACCAUCAAGCCUUAGUCCCGAACCAUCAAAUUCUUUAGGAUCAUCCUUAAGAAGGAAGUUAAGAAGUAGCAAACACAAACCUGUGAGCGAAUUAAAGUCCAGUGCGGAUACACCCGCCAAUAAAAAAGCAAAACUUGGUGGGACCACAUCAUCGAAAACACCAGGAAAUAGUAACAAUUUGGCUAAUGGUCAAAACCGAAGUUAUAAUCUGCGAUCAGCCAAGAAUCUUAAAUACAUAACAAAUUCGGUGAAAAUCACGAGACAAAAAGCAAAUAAUAACAUGAUAGACCAAACCGACGAUUUAUCUUUAAACGACGUCCAAUCCAACUCCUCAAAUCUAAGACGCAUCAAAUAUGAUCGUGUUGUCAAACUAACGAAACAACGAAACAUCUGUAAUAACUUCGAUGAUAGUGAAAGCACCAGAUCAACGACGGAUACUGAUGAUUCGGUAUCCGUUAGGUCUCUCAGAUCUAGCUCGUCAAGUACUUCGAGUCGCAGUAAACGCUAUCGUGAAAAUGAGUGCGUUAUUGUUACACCCAAUAGAAAACCCAACCCGAUUAGAGCCCAAACUGACAUUUCUAAAAGACCAAAUAGAGCGAAUAACUUGGUUAUUAGCAAAAUUGUGGCGAGAAAGCUUCAUACAGAUACCAAGUCAUUAUCUGCAAGGUCACUCAGAUCGAACGGGUCAAAAAUAAACGGAGCGAAUGUGCUGCGAAGAAAUGUAUUUGAGAACGCGGGAAUGCCUCCUUGCAAGGAUUUGCAACCACUUAAUAGGGAAUUGAUGAUAAAAAUAGAAAGGCAUCAGAUAAUAUUACCGAAUUGUGCCAGCAACCACCUUGCAAAAGAUGGUCGAUUAAAAGAGAGAAACCAAAAUAGUACACUGGCAAAUAAUGCUGUAAGUGUCGAUCAACCAGGAGAAGCGAGGAACUUGCAAGUUCAAAGUUCAGUAAAUCAUGUUGAGGCCAAGGAGCUUCAAGUAAAAAGAAAAAAAUGCAGGGGUAGUUCAUCCAAACAAACAUCCAGAGUAGUUACAACAGAAUAUAGCAGCACUUUACGCCAAAGAAUGGUUUUAUAUGAAACGUCAUCAGAUUCCGAUUGUCCACACUAUAAAAUAAGAAAAUCCUCGAGGAUCAGAUCCAGGAAAAAGUAGCUGAGUGUCAGCUUUUAUAACCAUAUAUGUAUAUUAUUAAAUAUUGUACAUUUUUAUUUUAUUUUGUUGCUUUUAGAUUUGGAGAUUGUGCCGAAAAAAAGAACAAAAUAUAUGUCGCGUAUACAUAAUAUAUUAAAACGUGUUAUGUAUUGAUAAUAUAUUUUUUUUAUGAGAAUUCAUAAGCUUUAUGUUGGUGUCGUGUCACUAAAAUUACCAAAUUUAUUUAUUUUAAAAAAAAUUUAAAAUUAUUUUUUUAGAUAAAUAUUGUUAAUUUUGAAAAUGGUCACUUGUAAAGUAUAUGCAAUACGAAAAAAUAACGCACAGGGAGUCUUUUAGAGUUAGAAAAAUC